AUGAAUUAGGUUAGAAAUGGGAACGCUUACAUCAAGAAUACAUUAAGCCAUUCUAAUAGAGUGAUAUAAGCACUAUUCAUCCCAUCCUCUACCAUCAAGACUCUAUAUCUAGAUGAGCAUGGAAUCAUCUACAAGAAUGCUUUCGCAGUAAUGACUGACAUGGAUGAAUUCAUUAUCACUAAUUCAAAGGACAAAAUCUGCAAGAAUAGAAACAUCUCUAGCUUCAAACUCAGCCCCAAUAACUAAUCCUCUUGGUGGAAGGAUGCCAAAAUUAUAUUCAAAAAAAGAAGAAGAAGUUUUUGA